AUGUAUUUUCUUUAUUGGUAGAUUCUACAGAAAAAUUUAGAAUAAAUAUAACUUAAGAAUAAUAAUAAAAAAAAUAUAGAAAAUAUAAACAAUUAAGAAAAUAAAAGCAAUUUAGAAAAUAAAAAUAAUAACUAAAUUAAAGAUUUAGAAAAACCUUCAUUUUAAAAUUUAUUAUUAGUACUUUUGAUGAAAAAUAGUUAUAAUUUGGCUCUUUUUAUGCUUUUUUGGAUAUCAUUUUAUGCAAUAAAUUUAAUUCAUUUAGUUUUUGUCAUUUUUUUUCUUAUUUAUUUGCAUAAUAAAGCAAAAUUAAUAAAUAUAAAAUUCGAAAAUAGAGUUUUUUAAGUUAAUUUUGCCCAUAGAUAUUGGAUUUUAUUAAUAAUAUAUACUUCAGUUUAUAUAAUGGCAAAAUUUUUAUAUUUUUUGAUAACUAAAAAUAAAAUGAAUAAUUAAGAUUUAAAAAAUAUAUUAUAAGUAGUAGGCCUUAAUCAUAAUUAUGAUAUAAAUAUAUCUAUAGGUUUUUAUAGGGAAGAUUAUGCCAGUCUAACUAUUAUAUGGGUAGCUUUUUUAAUAUUUUCAUUAUAAUAAGACACAUAUCGAAGCAGAAUAUAUUUACAAUAUUAAAAUAGUGUAAAUUAUCAUUUUUCUUAGUUAUAUUUAGUUAAGAAAUACAUUGCGAACUUUUACAUUUAUAUGUAAAAAGCAUAUAUAUUGGUCCAAGAUUUUAUGUUUUGGUUUUCUUAAUUUAUAAUUACUCUGGUCCUUAUUUUGGAUGAUUUUAACUUUUUUAAUUGCUUUAUGUUAUUUUUUGUUUUAACUUUAUUAUAUAAUUAAGUAAGAGAAUUUAAAAAUAGAAUGGAAUUCAAUUACAAAAUAUAUUUUUAGAUAUGGAGUAUUUUUAACUUAUGUAUUAUUGGGUACAUUAUUUUGUUUUAUUUGUAUCUAUUUACUGAUAUUACUUAUAUAAAAAAUAACGUUAUUAACAAAAAUAAUUAAAUUUAUUUAAAUUUUGAUUCUAAUAGAGACAUUUAUGGAUUUUUAAGAUAAAGUAAUGAUACUAAUUUAAGACUUUUAUUCUUGCCUAUUAUUGUUGUUUUUUUCUUUUCUAAUUAUAUGCGAAAUUUCUACUAAAUCAUAUAUCAUGCUAUACUUGACCAAAAGAAACUUUAAAAAACUAGAAGUAUUUAUUAGUAAAAUAUUAAUUAAUUAAAAUUAAAUUAAAAAAAUGAAUUAAUUUAAUUAAAUGGAUUAGAUUAAUAAAAUAUGAAUUAAUAAUUAAUUUAGUUAACGAAAUUUUUCUUAAAGAUAUAAUUAUAUAUUUAGAGUAUUUUAGUUUUCAUAUUCGCAGUUACAUUUAGACUUUCAAUAUCAAUGUCAGUUUAUUUAUUUUUAUAUUUAUUCUACUAUUAUAAGUUUUACAAUAUGCUUCUUGAUUUAAUUGAAAAAAAGCAAAUAAAUUAAGAAUUAGAGAAAUACUUUGAGAAUUUCCUUCAUUUUUAUACUUAUAAGUAAAAAGGACUUAUCUGGAAUAAAGAAUAAGAGCAUCAAGAAGAUGAGGCAACUUAAAACCUGCAAAAAAUAAUGAAAGAAUUUAACCAAAUGAGAAAAAGCGAAAGUAAUAAACUUUCAAAUAAAAUUUUAUAUAUAUCUUUUAUUUUAUCUUUGGUAUGUAUUUUUAUCACUUACUCAUCUUAAAUUUGUGCUACAUAAACUGCUUAAAAAGAAUUUAACUUUUUGGCUAAUUAAGCCUAGUGGUAUUUGUUUAUUUUAGGUGUUUCUUGUACAGAAUUAUCUUAUUAUAUUACUUUUAGAAGCAUUUAUUUCUAUAUAUUAAUUUUUUGGAUUGACAUUGUAGUUAUUUUGGCUUAAAAUAUGCUCAAAUAUUCCAAAAGUCAAGUCGAUAAUGAAAAAAGGAAAGAAGCAUUAUAGUAAAUUAAAAAAAAUAAAAAUAUUAAUU